AAUCCUAUUGGUCUUAAUAGUCCAUUUUCAUUAUCGGAACUAAAAGGAGUGUUGGAGAACGUAAGGGAUUCAGCCCCAGGGUUAGACGGAAUCCCUUAUUCAUUUAUUGCUCACCUCAGUGAUGAUACCCUGUCCUAUUUUUUAAGUUUAAUUAAUUCUAUAAUGGUAACGGGUAAUAUUCCUACUUCAUGGAAAACCCAGCUGAUUAUUCCCAUACUUAAACCCAACAAAAAUCCCUCUGAUUGUUUCUCUUAUCGCCCAAUAGCCCUCUCUUCUGUUUUAAUGAAAAUCAGUGAACAUUUAGUUAAAGAUCGGUUGGAAUGGUUCAUUGAAAGCAAUCAAUUGCUCAGUGAAAGUCAAUUUGGAUUUAGGAAGAGCAAAAGCACUAUUGAUAGCAUUAGUAUUUUUGUCACUGAUAUCCGUAUAGCAUUUUCUAAAAAUCAUUCUUUAGUUGCAGCAUUUCUUGAUAUAAAUGCUGCUUAUGAUAAUGUUAUUGUGAGUAUUUUAAAAAAUAGGCUUAAUGAUUUAAACGUUCCGAUAAUGCUGUGUAACUUUAUUGUAAACAUGUUAUCAGAGAGAUUUGUUAAUAUUUCCUUAGAAGAUGGUGGCACCAAGUCUAGAUAUGUUUGGAAGGGUCUGCCUCAAGGAUCUGUUCUCAGCCCAUUAUUAUACAAUAUUUAUACUUCAAACUUGGAGUCAGCUUUGGAUAGUAAUGUACAAAUAUUACAAUACGCUGACGAUUUAUUAUUAUACUAUACACAUCAAUCCGUGCAAAAAGCUUGUUCUUCUUUAUCUUGUUCAUUAAACCUGUUAAAGAAAUGGUUGGAUAGUAACGGUCUGGAAUUAUCCCCUACCAAAAGUUCAGUAGUACUGUUUUCUAGAAUGCGAUUACCGCCGCCAAUAUCCAUUUAUUAUAAUAAUACUGAAAUUCCUGUUAAGACCAACGUCAAAUUCCUAGGUGUUAUACUAGAUUCCAAAAUGACUGGCAUUCCCCACUGCGAGUAUAUUGUAAACAAAUGUGAACGCUUACUGAAUAUUCUAAGGUGUCUUUCAGGAGUUUGGUGGGGGGCCCAUCCAUUCUGUAUGAAACUACUUUACAAUGCUUUAAUAAGGAGUUUACUGGAUUACGGUACUUUUUUGUUGGAACCUGGUAGUACAGUCGCAUUCAAAAAACUAGACUCUAUCCAAUCAAAAGCUCUUAGACUAGUCUCUGGUGCCAUGAAAUCAAGUCCUAUUAAUGCUCUCCAGGUAGAGUGUGUAGAUCCCCCUUUACAACUUCGACGACAGUAUCUUUCCGAUUCCUUUUUAUUUCGUUCCCUUCAGUUCUCCAGUCAUCCUCUUCAUUCUAAGCUCAGAUUACUGUCUGACUAUGCUUCAUCUGCCAGUUAUUGGUUACACAAAUCUAUACCGUGUCUCGUUAACAGUUUUAGGAAAUUUAUUAAUUUUCAGGCUCCUACCCAUCAGUUUCCUUCUUCCCCACUUUUCUGUACAAAUUUUGAGGCAUUAAUAAUUUCCCCGGAUGUUCGUUUAGAUUUAGGAAUAGUAAAGGAUGACCCAUUUGCUAACAUUACUUUUAAUAAUCUGUUAGAAGAAAAUUGGCCGGAUUGUCAUUACAUAUUCACUGAUGCCUCUAAACAUUCCUCUACUGGCUGUGUAGGGGUGGGUGUUUUUCAUUCUCAAUAUGAUAUUGUACAAAGAGUAAAACUUCCUCCUGAAUCUUCUGUGUUUACAGGCGAGUGUUAUGCCAUAUUUAAAGCCCUUGAAUAUAUCUUAAUUUUUAAACUAACUAAAUCAGUAAUAUUUUCCGAUGCUAGGAGUGCUUUGCAAGCUCUAAUUAGGUUCCCUUUUCGAUCUAAAUCUUUCCCUAUAAUCAUUGAUAUUCGGGACAAAUUGUUUAAAUGUCAACAAUUAGGAUAUUCAGUUUCUUUUGCAUGGAUUCCUGGCCACAAUAACAUUCCUGGUAAUAUAAAAGCAGAUCAACUAGCCAAUAGGGCUGUUGACGAUGGUGACUUGUUUCCCUAUAAGAAUUACUGCCACGACCUGGGUUCUCUGCCAAGGGUAUAUCUCCGAGAUCAGUGGAAGCAAUCUUGGAUAAGGAGCUCUGAGUCAAAAGGAAAAUAUUACUUCUCUAUUCAAAGAGACAUUCCUGCUAAACCCUGGUUUUUUAAAUUGAAGUUGUGCAAACGUGCUACUAGUACAAUCAUUAGAAUGCGAUUGGGUCAUGUUUGUUCUCCAGCUCAUCUUGCCAGACUUCAGAUAAUUCAGAGCGAUGCUUGUGAGUGCGGUACAGGUGUAGGUGAUAUUAAUCAUCUAUUUCUUUCGUGUCCUCUCCUUGACCAUACCCCUUUAUAUACAUUUCUCCAUUCUUUAAAAGUUCCUCUUCCUACUUCCAUCCCUGUUCUGUUGCACAGUAUGAAUCCAGAUAUAUACAAAUAUUUAUCUAUAUGUAUUAUUAAUAAUGACCUUAAACUAUAAAUAUCUCCAUUAUUUUAUUCUAAUUAUUUAUAUAGAAUUCCUGUUAUAUUUAUUUUAUCCUCCACCUUUCUGAUCCUUUUUCUUUCCAAAUUCCGUUCCUUGUUUUUCCUACGAAUCCGUUUCCCUAUCUUUGUCUGUGGCAAAUGCGCAAGCCGCGCGAAGCCAAAACUUAAGAAAAA